AUGGCAACUACUGUUACUACUGUGACCCCAUCAGCAGCUCUGGUGUUGUUUCCUACAGACCCUGAAGACCUAGAAAGGGGGAGCGACAGCGGAACACCAAUCCCCACCUCUGAUAAUGAUGACAAUUCGCUGGGCUAUACAGGCUCCCGACUCCGUCAGGAAGAUUUUCCACCUCGAAUUGUUGAACAUCCUUCAGAUCUAAUUGUCUCAAAAGGAGAACCUGCAACCUUGAACUGUAAAGCUGAAGGCCGCCCCACCCCCACUAUCGAAUGGUACAAAGGAGGGGAGAGAGUGGAGACAGACAAAGAUGACCCUCGCUCUCACCGGAUGCUGCUGCCAAGUGGAUCUUUAUUUUUCCUACGUAUAGUGCAUGGACGAAAAAGUAGGCCGGAUGAAGGGGUCUACGUCUGCGUAGCAAGGAAUUACCUGGGAGAGGCUGUGAGCCACAAUGCAUCGCUGGAGGUAGCUAUACUCCGAGAUGACUUCAGACAGAACCCUUCUGAUGUCAUGGUGGCGGUGGGCGAGCCUGCGGUGAUGGAGUGCCAGCCUCCGCGAGGCCACCCGGAGCCCACCAUCUCAUGGAAGAAGGACGGCUCUCCCCUGGAUGACAAAGAUGAAAGGAUAACUAUACGAGGAGGAAAGCUCAUGAUUACUUACACCCGUAAGACUGAUGCUGGAAAAUACGUUUGUGUUGGUACCAAUAUGGUUGGGGAGCGUGAGAGUGAAGUAGCAGAACUAACUGUUCUGGAGAGACCAUCGUUUGUGAAGAGACCUAGUAACUUGGCAGUGACUGUGGAUGACAGUGCGGAAUUUAAAUGUGAGGCCCGAGGCGACCCAGUGCCCACAGUGAGAUGGAGAAAGGAUGAUGGCGAGCUGCCCAAAUCCAGAUAUGAAAUUCGAGAUGAUCAUACUUUGAAAAUUCGGAAGGUGCUGGCUGGUGAUAUGGGGUCAUACACUUGUGUUGCAGAAAACAUGGUUGGAAAAGCUGAAGCAUCAGCCACUCUGACUGUUCAAGUUGGGUCUGAACCUCCACAUUUUGUUGUCAAACCCAGAGACCAAGUUGUUGCCUUGGGACGAACUGUAACUUUCCAGUGUGAAGCAACUGGAAACCCUCAGCCUGCUAUUUUUUGGAGGAGAGAAGGAAGUCAGAAUCUGCUUUUCUCAUAUCAACCACCACAGUCAUCUAGCCGAUUCUCUGUCUCCCAGACUGGUGACCUCACUAUUACUAAUGUCCAGCGAUCUGAUGUUGGUUAUUACAUCUGCCAGACUUUAAAUGUUGCUGGAAGUAUCAUCACAAAAGCAUACUUGGAAGUAACUGAUGUCAUUGCGGACCGGCCUCCCCCAGUCAUUCGCCAAGGCCCUGUGAAUCAGACUGUAGCGGUGGAUGGCACGUUAGUCCUCAGCUGUGUGGCCACAGGCAGUCCGGUGCCCACAAUUCUGUGGAGAAAGGAUGGAGUCCUGGUUUCCACCCAGGAUUCUCGAAUCAGACAACUGGAGAGCGGCGUGCUGCAGAUCCGCUACGCUAAGCUGGGUGACUCUGGUCGCUAUACCUGCAUCGCAUCCACCCCUAGUGGCGAAGCAACAUGGAGUGCAUUCAUUGAAGUUCAAGAAUUUGGAGUCCCAGUUCAGCCUCCGAGACCCACUGACCCAAAUCUAAUCCCUAGUGCCCCCUCAAAGCCUGAAGUUACAGAUGUCAGCAGAAAUACAGUAACUUUGUCCUGGCAACCAAAUUUGAAUUCAGGUGCAACCCCAACAUCUUAUAUAAUUGAAGCCUUCAGCCAUGCAUCUGGUAGCAGCUGGCAGACCGUAGCAGAGAAUGUGAAAACAGAAACAUUUGCCAUUAAAGGACUCAAACCUAAUGCGAUUUACCUUUUCCUUGUGAGGGCAGCUAAUGCAUAUGGAAUUAGUGACCCAAGCCAGAUAUCAGAUCCAGUGAAGACACAAGAUGUUCCACCAACAAGCCAAGGGGUGGACCACAAGCAGGUCCAGAGAGAGCUGGGGAAUGUGGUCCUGCACCUUCACAAUCCUACCAUCCUUUCCUCUUCUUCAAUCGAAGUGCACUGGACAGUAGACCAGCAGUCCCAGUACAUUCAAGGGUAUAAAAUACUCUACCGGCCAUCUGGAACUGACCAUGGUGAAGCAGAGUGGUUAGUCUUUGAAGUGAGGACCCCAACCAAAAAUAGCGUGGUCAUCCCCGAACUCAAAAAGGGUGUCAAUUAUGAAAUUAAGGCCCGGCCAUUCUUUAAUGAAUUCCAGGGAGCAGAUAGUGAAAUAAAGUUUGCCAAAACCCUGGAAGAAGCACCCAGUGCCCCGCCCCAAGGUGUAACCGUAUCAAAGAAUGAUGGAAAUGGAACUGCAAUUCUUGUCACUUGGCAACCGCCUCCAGAAGACACACAAAAUGGAAUGGUCCAAGAGUAUAAGGUUUGGUGUUUGGGCAAUGAGACACGGUAUCAUAUAAACAAGUCAGUGGAUGGCUCCACCUUUUCUGUGGUCAUUCCAUCUCUGGUUCCAGGGAUCCGAUACAGUGUGGAAGUGGCAGCCAGCACAGGCGCUGGGCCCGGGGUGAAGAGCGAGCCGCAGUUCAUCCAGUUAGACUCUCAUGGGAACCCAGUGUCACCUGAGGACCAGGUCAGCCUCGCCCAGCAGAUCUCGGAUGUUGUGAAGCAGCCGGCGUUCAUCGCUGGCAUCGGGGCAGCCUGCUGGAUCAUCCUCAUGGUCUUCAGCAUCUGGCUUUACCGGCACCGCAAGAAGAGGAAUGGGCUCACCAGCACAUAUGCGGGCAUCCGCAAAGUCCCGUCUUUUACCUUCACACCAACAGUAACUUAUCAGAGAGGAGGUGAAGCUGUCAGCAGUGGAGGGAGACCAGGACUUCUCAACAUCAGCGAACCUGCAGCACAGCCAUGGCUGGCAGACACGUGGCCCAAUACAGGCAACAAUCACAAUGACUGCUCCAUCAACUGCUGCACGGCAGGCAACGGGAACAGCGACAGUAACCUGACAACCUAUAGCCGCCCAGCUGAUUGUAUAGCAAAUUAUAACAACCAACUGGAUAACAAACAAACCAAUCUGAUGCUCCCUGAGUCAACUGUUUAUGGUGAUGUGGAUCUUAGUAACAAAAUCAAUGAGAUGAAAACCUUCAAUAGCCCAAAUCUGAAGGAUGGGCGUUUUGUCAAUCCAUCAGGGCAGCCCACUCCCUACGCCACCACCCAGCUCAUCCAGUCAAACCUCAGCAAUAACGUGAACAAUGGCAGCGGGGAUUCCAGCGAGAAGCACUGGAAGCCGUCAGGACAGCAGAAGCAAGAAGUGGCACCAAUUCAAUAUAACAUCAUGGAACAAAACAAAUUGAAUAAAGAUUACCGAGCAAAUGAUACCAUCCCUCCAACAAUCCCAUACAACCAGUCAUAUGACCAGAAUACAGGUGGAUCCUACAACAGUUCAGACCGAGGCAGCAGUACCUCUGGGAGCCAAGGGCACAAGAAAGGGGCAAGGACACCCAAAGCCCCCAAACAGGGCGGCAUGAACUGGGCAGACCUGCUCCCUCCUCCCCCGGUACAUCCACCUCCACACAGCAACAGUGAAGAGUACAGCAUUUCUGUGGAUGAGAGUUAUGACCAAGAAAUGUCAUGCCCUGUGCCACCAACAAGGAUGUAUUUGCAACAAGAUGAAUUAGAAGAGGAGGAAGAUGAACGAGGCCCCACUCCUCCAGUGAGGGGAGCGGCUUCCUCCCCUGCAGCUGUGUCCUACAGCCAUCAGUCCACUGCCACACUCACGCCCUCGCCACAGGAAGAGCUCCAGCCCAUGUUACAGGACUGUCCAGAGGAGAUUGGCCACAUGCAGCACCAAGCUGACAGGAGACGGCAGCCGGUGAGCCCUCCACCCCCUCCACGGCCGAUUUCCCCGCCACAUACCUACGGCUACAUUUCAGGACCCCUGGUCUCAGAUAUGGAUACUGAUGCACCCGAAGAAGAAGAAGACGAGGCUGAUAUGGAAGUAGCCAAGAUGCAGACUAGAAGGCUCCUGUUACGUGGGCUUGAGCAGACCCCCGCCUCCAGUGUCGGAGACCUCGAGAGCUCUGUCACAGGAUCCAUGAUCAACGGCUGGGGCUCAGCCUCGGAAGAGGACAACAUUUCCAGUGGACGCUCCAGCGUGAGCUCCUCCGAUGGCUCCUUUUUCACCGAUGCCGAUUUCGCCCAGGCGGUGGCGGCAGCAGCCGAGUAUGCUGGGCUGAAGGUGGCAAGACGCCAGAUGCAGGAUGCUGCAGGCCGCCGACACUUUCAUGCAUCUCAGUGCCCUCGACCCACAAGUCCUGUGUCUACAGACAGCAACAUGAGUGCUGCCGUCAUGCAGAAGGCCAGACCUGCCAAGAAACAAAAACACCAGCCAGGACAUCUGCGCAGAGAAGCCUACACAGAUGAUCUUCCACCCCCUCCCGUACCACCGCCUGCUAUAAAAUCACCCACUGUUCAAUCCAAGGCACAACUGGAGGUUCGGCCUGUAAUGGUCCCGAAACUUCCUCCUAUAGAAGCAAGAACAGACCGAUCAUCUGACAGAAAAGGAGGCAGUUACAAGGGGAGAGAAGUGGACGGACGACCAGCUGCUGAUAUGCGAACAAAUCCAGGUGAUCUUAGAGAAGCACAGGAACAGCAAAAUGAUGGAAAAGGACGAGGGAACAAGCCAGUAAAACGGGACCUACCACCAGCCAAGGCUCAUCUCAUCCAAGAGGAUAUCCUACCCUACUGCAGACCUACUUUUCCAACAUCGAAUAAUCCCAGAGAUCCCAGUUCCUCAAGCUCAAUGUCAUCAAGAGGAUCAGGAAGCAGACAAAGAGAACAAGCAAAUGUAGGUCGAAGAAACAUUGCAGAAAUGCAAGUUCUUGGAGGAUAUGAAAGAGGAGAAGAUAAUAACGAAGAACUAGAGUGUGUGAGCUCAUUGGAUUUGCUGAAUUUCACUAACAAUGAGCUGCGGGCAGGAAACUUCUUAUUUAAAGUCAACAUGAUCUGA